UAAACUACUGCGCGGCUACUAUCAGCAGCUUUGGCGCAAUCGGGAAACUAUCAUAACGGAAAUGAAAAAGAAACGCGGCACUUGAGUGUGUGCAGUUUCACUACAAUGAAAACCAUUCCUCACUUUUCAAUUUCUCAUCUCAAAUUCUCUCUCAAUUACCAGAAAUGAUUAGAAACAUUUCAUCACAAAACCUAUUCUUCGCGUUAGGGUUUCUUCUUUCAACAACAACAAUCCCUUUCGCUCACAGCGAAUCACCCACAUGCUUAACCGUUUACAAAAACGGCGGCGCUCCGGCGGUGUUCAAAUCCCCAAAAUGCCCUCGCUGGAACCUCUUCGAUUAUAAUUCUCAUCCUCAAUCAACCACGCGUUGCCAAUCCGCAAAACUCCAAGGUCGAAGAAAAUCACAAGAGGAUCGCACUCUCUGUGUUCUCGAUGUUCGCAUUCCAUUUCCAGGUUCGAUGGGGAUCAAGGAUGUUGUGGUUGGAAUUGUGGCGGUUUUCGAUGGUCAUAACGGUGCAGAAGCUAGUGAGAUGGCGUCGAAACUUUUGAUGGAGUAUUUUGUUCUGCAUACUUAUUUUCUUCUUGAUGCUACGUAUUCUUUUAUAUUCGAAGCUUCGACAGGAACAUUGCUUUAUAGGAGUGAUCAUGAUCAUGUAAAUAUACUGCAUAGAUGGAAAGAGAUUUUAGGUUGGGAAUGGCAUGACCUGCAUUCUGAAAGGUUGCAGAAUACAUUUUCUGCUAAUUUUGAUGAUUCUUUUCACUUGGAAAUUUUGAAGGAAGCAUUGUUGAGAGCAAUCAAUGAUAUUGAUGCGAAGUUUUCUGAGGAAGCCUCUAGAAAUAACCUUCAUUCAGGAUCUACAGCAACAAUUGUAUUGGUUGCAGAUGAUAAAAUUUUGGUUGCCAAUAUUGGAGACUCUAAGGCUUUCAUUUGCUCUGAAAAUUUUCAGUCUCCUAAGGAGGCUAAAGCCUCUUUAUUAAAGCUGUAUAGGCAGACAGAGCGUGAUGGUUCUGUUUCUGUGUGGAAUCGUGAAAAGUACAGAUUAGCAUCUUCCAAUGGGUUCACUCAUUUUGCAGUGAAGGAAUUGACUAGCGAUCAUCAUCCAGACAGAGAGGAUGAAAAAACUCGGGUGGAAGCUGCUGGUGGUCAAGUUCUAAAUUGGGGUGGUGUACCUCGCGUAAAUGGUCAGUUAGCUAUUACACGGGCUAUUGGUGAUGUGUUCUUUAAAAGUUAUGGAGUUAUAUCUGUACCAGAAGUGACUGAUUGGCAACCUCUAACUGCAAAUGAUAGUUACUUGGUGGCUGCAUCUGAUGGAGUCUUUGAGAAGUUGAGUGUGCAAGAUGUCUGUGAUUUGUUGUGGGAAGUACACCGUUUUAGUGACAUGAGAUCAGAGUGCACCUCUUCAUCUUCCUAUUCAUUAGCGGAUUUUAUUAUUAAUACUGCCUUAAAAAAGGGCAGUAUGGACAAUAUGGCAGCAGUUGUUGUUCCUCUGGAAUCUGCUAAAUCUUCUGCGAACUCACUUAGAAGAAGCUAUACUGAAAAUGAGGACGCAGGCUUCCCAUUAUUUGGGCUGCAGGAAUCAGCUUACAGAAGCUCAGCUAAUGAUAUCACCUCUGAUCUAUUGCACCUGGAGCACCCUCAUUUGCUAGAUACCAAGUUUAAGCGAAUAUUGGUUGAAGUGAAACAUGGUGAUUUUGGAUGUUUUUAUUUAUCUGAAAAUCUUGAUGAUUCAGUGGAUUCUAAGUGGCCUCCCAAAAAAGAUGACCGGGAAGACUAUUUGUAUGAACUACCCCAGCCUCUACCAGAUGCCCUUCACCAACAAGCUGCAGUAGAUGGCCCUGUAAUUUUGUACAAUGACCAAAACUUUUGCUUUCACCUGAGUUCAACUAUCAAUCAAGCCAAAGACCAAUGCAUAAACCCUGAAGGCUUUGCCAGUUUUAUUGGUCUUCUUGAAUCAAUUCCUUUAAUUGAUGCUGGUUCAGAUAAUGAGUCUUCUGAUUAUUCGAUGCCUGAUUCAAGGUAUGUCUUAAGGAGGAGUUUUGGUCGUGGAUCAUAUGGAGAAGUAUGGUUGGCUUUCCAUUGGAAUUGUAAUCAAGGUAAUAUUACUGCAGAAAUGGGCAUGGGCAGCUCAAGUAAUCCUGAGUGUCAGGAUGGUCCUUCUAACUACACCAUGUACAUUUUGAAACGUAUAAUGGUAGAGAAAGGGUCUGCUGUGUACUUAAGUGGGCUGAGGGAAAAAUAUUUUGGAGAAAUUUUCUUAAAUGGUUCCGAGUAUUCCUUUCAAAACAAAUUUCGACUGGAAGGAGCCAUAUAUGAAGAAGGUUUGAACCAUAUUGCAAGAUAUGUGGAAUCUUUUGAGUCUCGGUCCAAUGAAAUAUGGCUUGUAUUCAGCUAUGAGGGAGUGUCAUUGUCAAAGCUUUUAUAUACUGGAGAAGAUGCAAAUAGUACUGCCGAGAAAGAAAGACUUGAGCAAGUGAAACAGGUUCGGAUACUGCGCCCGUCAAAGUGGUGGCGUUGGUUGAAAACGACGGAAGAAGGGCAAGAGGAAAUGCGCAAGCUUAUCUGGCAACUGUUAUUGGCACUCAAGUUUUGUCACGACCGCAAUAUCACACACAGAGACAUUAAACCCGAGAAUAUGGUGAUAUGCUUUGAAGAUCCAGAGUCAGGGAGAUGCUUGAAAGAUACUCCAACAAAAGUUAAUAAUUUUUCCACCAAAAUGCGCAUUAUUGACUUUGGAAGUGGAAUCGAUGAAUUCACAAUAAAGCACUUAUAUGCUUCUACUGGGCCUUCUAGAGCUGAACAAACUUACGAGUACACACCUCCUGAAGCUUUGCUAAAUGCUACGUGGUAUCAAGGGCCAACAAGCUCAACUUUGAAGUAUGACAUGUGGAGUGUUGGUGUUGUGAUGUUAGAAAUGGUCUUGGGGACACCAAAUAUUUUCCAGAUAAAUGCUUUAACACGUGCUCUUUUGGACCGGCAUCUUGAGGGCUGGAAUGAGGGUGUGAAGGAGCUGGCACACAGACUUAGAUCUUUCAUGGAAUUGUGCAUCUUAAUCCCUGGGGUUUCUGGCAACUCAAAAAAGUAUCACAAAGUGAAUCAAGUUGGUGUUUCGCCUGCAUCCUGGAAAUGCUCUGAAGAAUUCUUUUCUAGACAAAUUAAGGCUAGAGAUCCUCUUAAAAUAGGUUUUUCAAACAUCUGGGCUUUACGGUUGGUGCGCCGUCUGCUACUAUGGGACCCAGAGGAUCGGCCAAGUGUUGACGAGGCACUUCGGCAUCCCUAUUUCCAACCUCCACCAAGGUGAUAAUUUUACAGGAGGAAGCAACCGGUGUCUUGAACUGAGAUAUUCAUACCAGAGGAUUCAAAAUUUUCUAAUUGGUGAAGAUGGUACAGUAAAUGAUUUCAAGCUUAUAUCGUAAUGGAUAACUAUGGUUAUACACCCAGCUCUUUUAUCACUGAAUGGGUCCCACUGAACAGAUGCAUAUUUUUGUGCGAAAUGCACAAUAAACUACACUGCAAAAAGAAGAAAAGGACUGUCAAAAUCUAGAGACCUAAUAGGACCAGAUGAGCAUUGCAUGCUUUGUAUUAUAUAUUGAUAUCGACAUGAAAUAUAGAAAAGCUGUGUAUUGUAGCAAAGAACGGGAGCAAAAUCAACAAAUGACAGGCUUUGCAAACCUUUUUGAAUUUAUGUUUUGUUCUCCCUUUCAAAAAUUAUAAAAGAAAAAAAUUCACUGAA